AUGCGAACUCGGUUCCUCAACCUCGACUACUUCACUCCCACUCCCAUCCAAACCCUAGAAACCCUAACCUUCCUCCACCUCCCCAUCCCCAACCUCCACCACUCCAACCUCUCCGCCUCCGAUGUUCUCCGCGCCGCCGUACGCUUCGAUCCCCUCCUCCACCUCUCGCUCCCGAUCGAACAGCUUCCGAUCGCCGACGCGCUCUCCAACUUCUUCGCCGCCGUUCUCCCUCAGCACCUCGCCGUCGACGUCUCGGAUUUCGACGCUGCCGCGAAAUCGGAGAAAGCCGAUGUUCUUGGAAAGCAGAAGGGACCGGAGAAUCAGAUAACGGCUGGUUUAGCUCCGGAGAUUGGAUUUCACAAGGAGGAUGGUGGCAGAAGAGAAGUGGAUAAUGAUGCACUCCAAUGUGAAGUACUCAAGUUUGAAACACUAGAGCUGGAUGAAUUCCUGGAAAAUUCUUACAUUUAUGAGAAAGAUGAGAUGCCGAUUCUUUUGGAAGUUCCGGAGGAAACUCUAAAUCUGACAAUGCAGUAUCCUUGGGAUGUUCAAGAAUCAGUGCAUACAGUUGAAGACCUUAAGUCAGAAUAUCCAACUGAUCAAAAGCCUUAUUCAUUCGAAGAAGAUAGUUCUCGUCUGGACCAAAUGAACUCUUAUCAGAUGCCUUUCCCUCUGUUAGAAGCAAAUGAGAUAUCUCUGCAAAAUUUGACAGCUCUGUCUUUAGAGGAUGAACUUUUUUCCGUUUAUGAAAACAUUGAGCCACAACAUUUGGAUCAAAGCGAUAACUUAAAUGGCAAGGAGCUUUUGGGUUCGAAGGAAUAUGGGAUAUUAGAGCUUCUUUCAGAUAAUUGUCUGUUAAAGCAGUGUGUUGGAUCUGAUCUCGGGUCCCUUGACAUUCCCCCUGAGAUGGACUUGUUAAGCAUGCUGGAGAUGUCCCAGUCUCAGGGAAACACUGAAUAUCAAGGGACAAGCAUCAGUUCCUGUUUCCAGUCUGUAAGCCCGGUUGUUUUCCAGGAGUUUCAGAUUCUUGAUUUGGACCCAUCCCUAAUUCUUGAAGUCCUCUUUAACGCACAAACAGCAAAUGAACCUGAAUCAUGUGACUGGAUGUUUAAUGGAGAGUUGAACUUCAACAAUUUGAUUGUUAGUCCUGAGCUAGCCCUGGUUGAUGAUACAUUCAAAUCAUUGCCUGUACCUGUUUUAUAUGAUCAGGAAAGGAUAUGUUUAUACGUUGUUAUUGAGGAAAAGCUAAGUGAUGUAAAGCCACAGCCGCUAUCGGCAUCAGAUAGGAUUUACUUGGAUUGGCAUCUUCUUGAAAAAGAUAGCACCUGCCAAGUUGAUUCCUGUCAGAAAAAGAUGUUGGAGGAUAUGAAUCCGCUCACCGUUCCUUUCUAUUGGGAUUCCUUUGAUGAUGAAAAGUUCUAUGACUUGGUUUUCUCUGGUGAUUCUGAAGAGAACACAGAAGAUAAGGAAUUACAGCUGUUUCUUUCUGAUGCCAUUCCUUUGCCUAGUAGUCAUUUUGAAGAUGCUUCCACCAGAUUGUCAGGCGGCAAUUUCCCACUGAGAAAAACUGGAGAGCAUAUAGAUAAAAGAAGUGCUGUAGAUGGAUUAGACCCAGAUGAAAGCAAAACUGUUCAUGAUUUGCUUUCUGUUGGCAUUGAUAUUGAUAAUGGUCUUCUUGGAGAUGCUUCCACAAAAUUGUCUAGCGGCAAUCUUGCUCAGCCGAAAAAGAGACAGCAUAUAGAGAAAAAGGGUGCUGAGAGGACUUCAUUGCUUUUUAAGUCUAUUUUACAGUUCAAUGAUAUUGACUUUUUCUUGAACCCACGCGUGGCUGCUACAGAUGAAAAUUGUGAUUAUGCAGUUAUGACUGCUGAUAAAGCUGCUCCAUGUGCCAAGGGAGAACGAUCUAAUUCUGUUUGUGCUCAAGUUGACAAUAGGAAUGAGCAGAAGUCAAAGGAACUCUGUAACAGUUUUCCUUCUCAAGAAGAGUAUAAUAUGAGAUCUAAAGAAGAUUCAGAUGAAGUUGAAGCCAGCAGUAUCCCACAUCCUAUUCCUUCUAUGCCAUUUGCAACAGAAUCUGACCAUAUUCAGCAGAGCAGCAUGUCUUUUCCUGAGACGAUCAUUGUUGUGAACACUCAAAACCUGGACAAGGAAAUGCUAAUCUCCAGAAGAAGUACUUACCAAAAAAUUCUUGCAAUAGAGAAAAAAGGUGCCCAAGUUGUAGAACGUGAUUCAGAGCUACCAAUUGACAUCAUACUCAGUUCUGCAGUAUGUUUAGUGUGGUAUGACUGCAGAAACAUUGGAAAGAAAGCAACUGCUCUUGAUGAAGCUUCUUCAUGCUUAGCUUUGUGCAUUGAGAACAUAGCCAUGAAUGUUUUGACAAUGCUGAGUAUAACUUUCAAUAGCUGCAUUCUGAUCUUUGAAGGAGAUACCAGCUUCCUGUCCACUGUAAUGGAGUCCUCAGAUGGACUUUAUGCUGCAGCAGCAAGUCUGGGAAUUGAUUUGCAGGUUUUCAACUCGUAUUCAUCUGAGUUGACUGAUGAGAUAAUCUUGAGCUGCAUUGAACGAGCCACAAAGUCGAUUAGGGGUGUAUUUCCUCAAAUGCCUGAAUCAGAAUCUCUUGCAGAAUCAUUCCUCACCAAGUUUCCUUCACUUAAUGCUUUGUCAGCGCAUGCAAUACUGUCGUCUGGAGUGUCUCUCACUGAGUUUCUUAGAUGGUCUAAUGAAAAGAGGAUCCAUGCAAUCCAAAGGUAUCAUGUUCCUGAUGAAAGUCUCAGACUAUUUAGUGCUGUAUGCAGAUAUGGUGAACGUGGAGAUUCUAAAUCAAUAAUGACAGACUGCUCCUCUUCAGUGUCUUCAGGGCCAGACUCGGGAAGAAAUAACUUGAAUUUUUCUGAAAGAAAAAGAAGAAAGUACAAUGAUAGUCCUGAAAAGUAUGAUAUACAAAUGAAUGAGUCUUUGCAUCUGGAGCCAUUAAACAUAUUCACUGAUGCCAUUCUGGAACCUCCUGCAGCUUUCAAGCCACACGAUUCAUGUAUGUCGAAAAGCCCUCAAAUACUUGAUGAGUUUAGAAAGCCUUUAUUCUCUCACAAUGAUUUGUUCGAUCAAGAACAGGUUCUGGAUAUGGCUAUGAAGAAUCCUUUUGGGGUUCCUCAGCAAUAUGAUUCUCAUAUCAAAGAGCAUCAGCCAUCAAGUGGGACAAAAAGGUCUGUUUCUUUUCUGAAGGAUAAGAUAUUAGGUCAGAGACAGGGACUAAAUAGGGCAAUGAAUAACUUUGAAUUCAGAGAUCUGAAGAACUCUAGAAACCUGCUUGAGGAUGUAAAAGGAGAAGUUAUUGAUCUGACAGAGAGUCCUAUAUUUGAUUUGGACUUUUCUUCUAUCGACAACUCCACAGAAUUCCCAUUUUCCAUGUCUGAGCAUGAAACGGAUACAACAAGAAAGUAUAAAGCUGCAAGGAAGUUGUCUUUUGGUUCAGGCAGUCACCGAACUUUCCCAACAGCUGCAGAAAUCGAAUCAAGUACAACUGUUUGGAGUCCUAUAAAAGAACAUAGAGAAAAUUCGGAAGUUGGUGCCAAUAAUUACACAGAUAUGGAGAUAAAAAAUGAUGUUUUACCUCCAAGGCAACACAACAAUUUCUUAGAGAAGGGUUUCAGGCAAAGGUCCAGUGGAAUACAAGGGAUGCAUCUCCAUGAGAAUGAUAUAUCACCUUAUGGAGGAACACAGCUCUCAAAUGCUCUCCAUUCAGACACUCCACAACAAAAUAGUCCCUGGACAAUAGAGUUUCUAAACAAAAUCAAGGAGAAAAGUCGAUUGCGCCAGCAGUCCUUUCCAAGGGACUUAUCAAGCCCAAUAUCGGGGUAUUCAGGCAAUGUGCCUAAAGUUACUAAGAGAAGAAGUCCAUCUAUUCUUGAAUUUUUUAAGUACGAAGGUGGUAGCACUCCGAGAAAGUUACCAGAACGCAAAAGACAGAAGCGACCAGUACAAUCAUCACGCUCAUCGAAGAUUGAAAAGAGUUCAGCAUAUCCUCUUACUGCACUGACACCAGUUGAUAAAAGAGCAAGACAGACUUUAUCUUUUGCGACGAAUAAGAGUGGAAGCCAAACGAAGCUUGUGUGGAGUGAUGAAGCACACGGUCCAAGCAGAAAGUUUCAGAGUCUGUGAAUAUAAUUGUAAGCUUGACAUAAACUUCUUAAGUUACAGUACACGUGCUAGAUUGGAAUUGUGUAAUAUCUGAGACAUAAAAGCCACACUUUUCCUUACAACUAUUGUUUUGGAUGCUUAAUUUGAUCAU